UGUACAGUGGGCAGGACGUUCGCUCGCAUUGACGCAACCGCGAACGAACUUGUGAACAAUCCAUAUACUGUGUUUUGUGUUGUGCAUCGAGAUUAAUAAGGAUUUGUGUGAAAUAAGUGUGGUGUUAACAAAACAAAGGCGGACGGGCAUUCAGGAAAUUAGAGGACUUCAUCCCAGAAAUAUUUUUAUUAAAGUAAAGAUAGACCCGAAAAUUCCUCGACUAUGGAGCCCCGUUUCGACAACAUAACGGAGCGAGCUAACCGCGCACCGCCCAUCCUAACCGACUCAUAUGUGUACAGUUGAAACAGCGAUGGUGAAAUAGUGUAGUGUACAAUGAGCUUAUAAGUGUAUAACAAGUGACGUGAUGCCUUACUACGGCUAUCGGGAGGGGUCGGACUCUAGUGGGGGUUGUUCAGAAUCGGAUGGGGGUGAAUCGGACUCGGAGGGGGGGAUAAGUACCGAGAGUACGGUGGGCCAGGGGCUACCCUUUCCUGGAUUUACCCCGGUUGCCCUUCGAUAUCUGACGCAGGACACCAGGCCGAGGAGUUGGUGUCUGAAGCUGAUCACCAAUCCAUGGUUCGAAAGAAUUUCAAUGUUGGUGAUCUUUCUUAACUGCGUGACCCUCGGUAUGUACCAGCCCUGCGUCGAUGACCAGUGUGUAACAAAUAGAUGUAAAAUACUACAGGUUUUUGAUGACAUAAUAUUUGCCUUUUUCACAUUGGAGUUGACUAUAAAAAUGGUUGCAAUGGGUGUGUAUGGCCACGGCACUUACCUCGCGGAUUCAUGGAAUAGGCUGGACUUUUUCAUUGUUUUUGCUGGGGCACUGGAAUAUGCUUUGAACGUGGAAAAUAUAAAUCUGUCGGCGAUAAGAACUAUCAGGGUACUUCGACCGCUUCGGGCUAUAAACAGGAUACCUAGUAUGCGUAUCCUGGUGAUGCUCCUCCUCGACACACUGCCUAUGUUGGGCAACGUACUACUCCUGUGCUUUUUCGUGUUCUUCAUAUUUGGUAUAGUCGGUGUCCAACUGUGGGAGGGUAUCCUCAGGCAAAGAUGUGAACUUGUUUUACCAACAAACGUGCUUCGACCCAACAUUUCCUUCUACUACGAGUUCUCGAAGGAACUAGAUUACAUUUGCACGACGCCGGCAGACAGCGGGAUGCAUCAAUGUGGAAACUUCCCCCCAUACAGAUACGGGCCUGUUGUGUGUAACGAGACGGCAAGACCAUUCUCUUACAACACUCCCACAAAUAAUUCAUGCGUGAACUGGAAUCAAUAUUACACAAACUGUACCCAACGAGGAUCGAAUCCAUUCCAAGGCACAAUUUCCUUCGACAACAUCGGUCUCGCCUGGGUCGCAAUAUUUUUGGUAAUAUCUCUGGAAGGUUGGACGGAUAUCAUGUAUUAUGUACAGGACGCACAUAGCUUUUGGGAUUGGAUUUAUUUUGUGUUGCUGAUAGUUAUUGGAUCAUUUUUCAUGAUCAAUCUUUGCCUUGUCGUAAUCGCGACACAGUUCAGUGAGACGAAGAAACGUGAAAUGGAAAGAAUGCGAGUUGAACGAGCUCGAUUCACGUCGUCAUCUACUUUGGCGUCGUCUACAAAUAACAGUGAACCAGCCACCUGUUAUGCAGAAAUUGUUAAAUACGUUGCCCAUUUGUGGAGAAGAUUUAAAAGAAGAAUGGCAAAGAAGAUAAGAGUAUACCGAUAUCAACGAGCCCAACUCCGUUGGCGCACAAGCCGGGAAACUUUGCAGUUGCCAGCUAAUCGACCGAAACAACACCACCCGCGCUGUCCCAAACUACAUCCACAGGGUAAUGGAAAAAAUACGGAGGACGUAGAGGAGCCGCUAAGUAGACCCAGCCUGUUGCGCGUUCCCUCGCUCUCCGCAGCCGAUCUUGAGAAUACAUCCAAUCUCUCGCUACUAUCGCCGCCUUCGCUCGCCCGACGGCGGUCUUCAGUGAUGUUUAGCGACACUGUACUACUUCAUGCCCCGAACGCACCCCAUUUGGCUCACCCCAAUAAUCUCUGCUCCUCGGAGAAAAUGACACAGACCGAUUCAUUGAGUCAACGUGACUGGCUGAAAAGCCAAAGUGAAUUCGACCUGCCGGCAGAGACGGCCGAAGAGAGAGCAGCUGUUGGUGGAACUAUGUCUUGUCAGGAGCUUCUGGCACUCUCUGGAGCUCUAUCCGCUGCUCUUCCUACGGGACAGGUGGCUUUGGACUCCUUCUUUGAAGAACUCACCAAGGGCAUCAGUAAACGAGCUGGUGACGAGAAGUCAGACACAAGGAUUGUGGAAAUUGAAGACUUUUCUUGUUGCGCCGACCUAAUAGCAGCAGACGCCGCAGCCAAAGAAACAAAAAAGAAUCGAUUUACAAAAGCUUGCUCCCGUCUCUGGAAACGUUUCAAUAAAUUCCUAUCGCUACUAAGGAAGCACAUUAAAGCGAUUGUCAAUCACAAAUACUUUCAGCAGGGUAUCCUCCUAGCCAUUCUUAUAAAUACUUUGUCGAUGGGAAUAGAGUAUCACAAUCAACCAGAAGAACUGACAGUCAUCGUGGAGAUCAGCAAUGUUGUGUUUUCAGCAAUAUUUGCUGUUGAAAUGAUUCUUAAAAUAAUAUCAGAAGGUCCUUUCAAAUACAUUUCUAAUGGGUUCAACGUGUUUGACGGUGUCAUAGUAAUAUUGAGUGCAUUUGAGCUUACACAAAGUGUGGGACAUGAGCAAGACUUAGCAGGAAGUUCAGGUCUAUCAGUGCUGCGUACAUUUCGAUUACUUAGAAUAUUGAAACUAGUCCGUUUUAUGCCAAAUUUAAGAAGACAACUCUUCGUCAUGCUGAGAACAAUGGAUAAUGUCGCUGUGUUUUUCUCGUUACUAGUUCUGUUUAUCUUCAUAUUCAGUAUUCUGGGCAUGUACUUGUUCGGUGGUAAGUUUUGCAAGUUCAACGAAGACAAUGGCACCGAGAGGGAUUGUACUUGCCCUGAGAUCAUAUCGAAUCAUCCCAAGUGUGAAUGUGACAGAAAACAUUUUAAUAACAUCUUAUGGGCUACGGUCACUGUCUUUCAGGUGUUGACGCAAGAAGAUUGGAACGUUGUUUUAUUUAAUGGAAUGGAAAAAACCAGCCAUUGGGCCGCGUUAUACUUUGUCGCAUUGAUGACAUUCGGCAAUUAUGUAUUGUUUAACUUACUUGUUGCUAUUUUGGUAGAAGGGUUUAGUUCAGAGCGAAAUGAAAGACGGGAGCGGGAACAACGGGAAUUGGCAAAAUCUAAAUUAUCCAGCGAAUGUUUUUCCGACAACAAUGAAUUACAAUACAAUGAAUCGAAUUCCGGAUCGAACUCGAGUGACAGUUUUUCUCAGAAUGAAAUUAAAAACUUCUGGAAAUCUGCGGAUGAUGUUCGAAAAGCCAAAGAUGACCCGAAUAAUAAAGAAAAAGUAAUGAAAUCUAAAAAAAGAAAACCAAAAUCCGCAACGCAUAAUUCAACGUUAUGCAAAGAUUGUGCCCACUCCAACAAAUGCAAUAUACAAAAGGAAUCUAAAUUGCUAGCAUCGAGUUCAAUUAACGAACACAGCAACAGCACAGUUGUUCCUAUGAUCACUCACACAGCCGCGACACCUCAAGACUCGCCGUCCACUACUCUAGAGCCUGGAGCAUCAUUCAAAGAUUUCAACGUAGCUCUUAGCUUGGAGAGAUCAUCAAUGUUAUCCAGUUUGGAUUCAAUCGACCGAACUUCCUGUACCAGUAUACCAGGCUUACUAAAGCCUCCAAACAGUUAUACCCUAACCCUCCAUUCCGCGGCAGCCGCUUUAGGUGCUGAAAAGGCCAGACUCCCUGUCUCUUUAGCCCCUCCACCUCUUACCCUAGCAUUACCACCAUCCAGAGCUACUUCCCCUGGUACACCAACAACACCAAGGUCUCUUCCUUCACCGAUGAUACCGGAGAAGAACCUCCAAGUCACAAUAGCUAAAGAGGGUAACUGCCUCAAUGUGAGCGAUAAAUCCAGCUUGCUGAAUUCUCAAAGAAGUCUUACCAUAACAACACCAACCCCAAAUGGAGAAGACAAAUGCAGGGUACAGCGUGGAUACAGUUGGAGGUUGUCGAGGCCAAGUUUAAGAAAGAAGAAACAAAGAACGGGCUCAGACUCUGACGCUGUCAUACUGAAUAAUGGACGAGAUCACAUUGCUUGCAAUGGUUCAAGUCUACGAAGAAAUGACAUUCUGCUUUCAUCGUCUAUUGUCAUAAAGAAUGAUACGCAGUCUGAGAUGCCUUAUAGAUCUCGUGGCCAGCUCCCAGUGCGAGUUUUGGCACCACCAGCAAGAAGAGUUUCCGCCCAUGCAACACCUAUACUACCUGAUGUAUCCUGGAAAGCUCCAGAGGCGGGUUUUUCAUCGGAUUCAACAGUUCGAUUAGAUGGCAAAGCACCUCCCCACAGACUGUCUUUAACAAAUGACCUUUUGACAGUGACAACAGUGUCGGAGGUGAAAGCGAGUAAUUUAAUACCAAGCGGUCAACAGCAAUUACCGCCCCGAGCCCUUAACGAAGCAUUGCCCAGAACAAAUAACCAACCUUUGCCAUUAAUUAAACAAAUUAAUGAAGAGGUGGCGAUAAACAAUGUCUGUAUAUUCUCAUCGAGAUUUGACCGGAGCAGAUUUAGAUUUAAGGAUCUUUUUCGCUUUAUGGAGCCGACAGGGUGUCUUAAAGAAAAAGAGGAUUAUUCUCUUUACAUAUUUUCUCCGGGUAAUUGGAUAAGAAGAUUUUGCACAUGGAUGGUAACCCGAAGUUGGUUUGACAAUAUAGUGCUACUAUUCAUUGCCCUUAAUUGCAUCACACUUGCCAUGGAGCGACCGAACAUACCACCAGACUCUAAGGAGCGAGCUUUUUUAUCAAGUGCUAAUUAUGUAUUCACAGUGGUCUUUGCCGUCGAAAUGUUCAUAAAGGUUGUGGCAUCUGGAAUGUUUUACGGUGCUGAGGCAUACUUCACCUCGGGGUGGAAUAUUAUGGAUGGCUCAUUAGUCAUCAUAUCUAUUAUCGAUUUACUAAUGUCUCUAGUAUCAGAAUCGAGCCCAAGGAUAUUCGGAAUAUUACGAGUGUUCAGGUUGUUAAGAUCCUUACGACCUUUGAGAGUGAUCAAUCGAGCUCCCGGAUUAAAACUGGUUGUUCAAACGUUAUUAUCAUCAUUACGACCUAUCGGAAAUAUCGUGUUAAUAUGUUGCACUUUCUUCAUAAUAUUUGGCAUUCUGGGAGUUCAGCUGUUCAAAGGGGCGUUCUUCUAUUGUGAAGGCGCCAACAUUAAGACUGUGAAGAACAAAUCCGAUUGUCUGGCAAUAGAGGGGAACGUGUGGGUGAACAGGAAAUACAAUUUCGAUGAUCUCGGGAAGGCUUUGAUGUCCUUGUUCGUUCUCAGCUCAAGGGAUGGUUGGGUCAAUAUCAUGUAUACGGGCCUUGAUGCGGUCGGCGUUGAUCAACAGCCAAUAGUGAACUACUCAGAAUGGCGUCUCCUCUACUUCAUUGCUUUUAUCCUACUGGUGGGAUUCUUUGUUCUGAACAUGUUUGUGGGAGUUGUGGUUGAGAACUUCCAUCGAUGUCGAGAAGAACAAGAGAAGGAGGAAAGAGUGAGAAGAGCAGCGAAAAGAGCGUUACAAAUGGAGAAAAAGAGACGAAAAAUGCAUCAAAGACCGUAUUAUUCCGACUAUUCACAAACACGCCUGUUUGUGCACAAUGUUGUUACAUCGAAAUACUUUGAUUUAGCCAUUGCCGGUGUCAUUGGUCUGAACGUUGUCACUAUGGCAAUAGAAUAUUACCGAAUGCCACCCGCACUGCAGUACGCUUUGAAAAUCUUCAACUAUUUCUUCACUGCCGUAUUCAUUCUCGAAGCUGUGAUGAAACUUGUUGCACUCGGCUUUAAAAUUUACCUCAAAGACAAAUGGAACCAACUGGACGUAAUCAUCGUAAUACUAUCCAUCGUUGGUAUUGUUUUAGAAGAGCUAGAGACCAAUAUAAUACCCAUAAACCCAACUAUUAUGAGAGUUAUGCGUGUUCUUCGGAUUGCAAGAGUGUUGAAGCUAUUGAAGAUGGCAAAAGGGAUACGAGCAUUGCUGGAUACAGUAAUGCAAGCUCUUCCUCAAGUUGGGAAUUUGGGAUUGCUAUUUUUUCUACUCUUUUUCAUUUUUGCGGCUCUAGGCGUGGAGCUGUUUGGUCGUUUGGAAUGUUCAGAUGAAAUUCCCUGCCAAGGUCUCGGUGAACAUGCCCACUUUGCUAAUUUCGGAAUGGCAUUUCUAACGUUAUUCCGGGUGGCGACCGGCGAUAAUUGGAACGGUAUAAUGAAAGACACACUGAGAGAAGACUGCGACAGUACUGUAGACUGUGUGCGAAAUUGUUGCGUCUCUACUAUUAUCGCACCGAUAUUUUUUGUUGUUUUUGUAUUGAUGGCCCAAUUUGUCCUCGUCAACGUUGUUGUGGCUGUACUUAUGAAACACCUAGAAGAAUCCCACAAACAAAUGGAAGACGAAAUCGAUAUGGACGUUGAACUCGAGCGUGAACUGGAAAGAGAAGCAGAUGAUGAAGAAGACAGAGCUCUUUGCAGAGCCCUCGAAGAAUGUACAGCUCCCCCUCGGCCUUUAAAUAAGGUACCUUCUUUGCCCGCUAAUUUUACAUACAGCGAACCAAAACAUCAGAUCAUACCAUCUCCACGCCGCCGAAAAACAUUACAUUCUCAUCACGCUUUAUUGCCAGUUGCUCUUCCACAAAGAAGAGCCUCACUAUCUCCUCAUGCCUUUAGCAGACGGCGACAGGAAUCGACAACAGAUGCUCCUGCUUUAUAUGAAGAAGAUGCGCGAUUCAUAGAUGCAGACGAUGCGGAUGAAUUAGAGCCAGGAAGCCCACCAAGACGAGACUCUUUCGCCCAAAAUCGUAGACAGCGUGUUGAUAAGAGAAGUUCACUUCGGAGCGAGGAAGCCAGAUUGCUUCGUCCAGCUCCAGUGUUACUUGCAGUUCCUUCGACCAGACAGAGCCUAAGAGAUAAAACAAAGCGUAGGCCUUCCACAGAAUCUGCUACGCCAAGUGAAGUGAGCCGCGCUUCAUUUCGGUCAAACGCAGAAAGGUCCAAUCCUUCUAUAACAGAAGAGGAAAAAAUUAGAAACGUCAUAGCGGAAAGAAGAAAGAUAGACCCCGUGCGACCGGAACCUGAUGACAUAGUGGAGUUGUCAGAGCGUGGUUCCUAGUCCAGGCAUGGCCGGCCGCAGCAACACCAUGAAGUCUACAUUUAAAUCCACCCCAAUGCCCGUGGUCCCUCUUGCUCCUCCUGAUCCUCUUCCUAUUCAAGGAUUUGCGGUAAAAGACUAGAAGCUUGAACUCGGUUGCCUCAACUUGUUACGGACAUUUUGUGAAAUGAAUAUUUACGAGUGGUUUUGUGAAUAAGUGUUAUGUCGUUUGGAAUCAUUUACACUCCCUUUUUACCUUUACCUUAUCUAGUAUCUAAGUUUUCUACUUGCGGCCGGUUCAAGAACAGACUUUAAUAAGAUUAACUUGAUUAAAUGUAUUAUUAGGUAGAUAGCUAUUAGAACUAGUCAAUUUGUGGUGGUGGUAUAUUUUCUAUUGAUGCUGAUGUUUGUUUGAAACUAUUCUCGUUAUUUAGUAUGGUGCUUGUUGUUAUUUUGUUCGUUAAUUAAUGUAAAGACAUUAAAUUAACCUCAACGAAUCUGAUGGUUUGUAAUGUUACGUAUUAACUUGUGUCUUGAAUGGAUGUUUGUUAAAUUUUCUUAUCUCUAUGUACUUAUUAGCUGUAUUUUAGUUUGCAUGUUUAGACAGCAGACUUUUAAAUUAAUACAAUAUAUAUGACGGGUUUCUGAUCAUUGAAAUUUUAAUUUAAGUCAACGAUUUGGAUAAAGCCUAUAAAUAUUAAAAUUGUUUGUGUAUAUUUAGUGCAAACUUCUAGUAAACGACUGUUUAGAUUUGUAGUAAAUUAAAAUUGACACUAUUAUUAAUGUACUUAAGGAUUAAUACAAGAACCAAAUGUUCGAGAAUUGAAAGGUAAUUGUCUCACUAAACAAAAUUAUAUUUUCUGAAUAUAAAUGAAUUCCUAUUUUCAUACUGAAUUAUGUAUUUUAACUUAAUAUUUACUAUGAAUACGCACAUAAUGUAACUUGAUUUAACUUAAAUUAUUUUCAAUUUUACAUUUCUCGUGAACUAUAGUAGUCUGAUGUAGAUUAUUGAAUUUACCUUCUGAGGAACUCUAAUGUGCCAAAUAAUUUAAGAAAUCACUACAAAUGACAAUUUGUACAACAUAACAUAUGUAUAAACAUUUCUCUCCACUGUUUUUAUUUUUCUAGUCUUAUCUUUGUUAGGAUUUGAAAUUAAUAUAAACAUACAAAAUGGUAAUUACAUCUCCAAUGAAAUCAGAGGGUUUAACAUGAGUUUUAUAAAAUUGGUAAGAAUAUCGAGUAAAGAAAAUUAUUUGAGUCCACGGUGACCGAGGAUUUCUCACUUCAAACAUGCAAAUAUCAUAUUGUUUGCUUAAAAGUUAGUGGGUGAUAAAUUAUAGUAUAUGAAAUUUGGUAGUUGACACAGUAUUGAUAAUUCCUGUUAUAAAACUCGAGGUACCAUCUGUGUGACCUAUAAUUUCCUAUAGAUAUAUUAUAUGUGUCGGUAGUAAUUGUUACGAAUAGUCGAGCAUACUAGUUAGGGAUGUCAGCAAUAAAUUUUAUACUUCGA